CUCACUAUGCGGCCUCUGGAGUUCACGCCAUGAGAAAUUACUUCACGAAAGGACAAUAAUGGGCCUCUUCAAAUAAGUUCGUUUACGUUUUAGUUGUUAGCCGUAAUGCUAACUGUUUACCACUAGCACAUCACUAAUCAUGAUAGGUCCCUGCUUUCAAUUUAGAACGAUUUUAGUUUAACAAUUGCGUCUAAUUGUGACGUCAUUGUCCGUUUAUCUUAUGUAUUGAAACAUUCAAAAUCACUCACGAAAACAGUUAAUAUUGCAAAGGUUCCAUCCAUCACCCAGCGAAGAUACACGGGUUAGCCGAAAGUUGAGUGAAUGGCAUAAGUUUUGUAACACAGACUUUAGCCUAGUGACUGGUGAAAAGCUGUGUCAAAACGAAAAGCAGCAUGAAUCUCCAGCAGCCGACCCCUCUCAUGCCCCCUGUCCACCCAGAUGUGCAGAUGAAGGCCCUGCCUUUCUACGACGUGCUGGACGUCCUAAUCAAGCCUUCAAGUUUAGGGGCGAGUACUGCACAAAGGUACCACCAAGAGAAAUACUUUAUCUUUGCCCUGACACCACAGCAAGUUAGGGAAGUAUGCAUCUCCAGAGACUUUCUGCCAGGUGGUAGACGGGACUAUAUGGUUCAAAUUCAGCUGAGGUUUUGCUUGUCAGAGACAAGCUGUCCUCAGGAGGAUAAUUACCCAAACAGUCUAUGUAUUAAGGUCAACGGGAAACUUUUUCCUUUGCCGGGUUAUGCACCACCACCGAAAAACGGUGUUGAACAGAAGAGACCAGGAAGACCCCUAAACAUUACUUCCCUCAUCCGACUCUCCUCUGCAGUACCAAAUCAGAUAUCAGUGACAUGGGCACCUGAAAUUGGCAAAACCUAUUCUAUGUCCGUGUACCUGGUGAGGCAACUCACAUCACCACUGCUCCUGCAGAGGCUAAGAAUGAAAGGCAUCAGGAAUCCAGACCACUCCAGAGCACUAAUCAAAGAGAAGCUGACAGCAGAUCCAGACAGUGAGGUUGCUACAACAAGCCUUCGAGUAUCACUCAUGUGCCCGCUGGGGAAGAUGCGACUGACUGUACCGUGUCGGGCGGUGACCUGCUCUCACCUGCAAUGCUUUGAUGCCGCCCUCUACCUACAGAUGAAUGAGAAAAAACCUACGUGGAUAUGUCCUGUGUGUGACAAGAAGGCUGCUUACGAAAGUCUCAUCAUUGAUGGGUUGUUCUUGGAGAUCCUAAACGACUGCUCAGAUGUGGACGAAAUCAAGUUUCAAGAGGAUGGAACCUGGUGUCCCAUGAGACCAAAGAAGGAAGCUGUCAAGGUCUCUUCUCAAUCAGUUCUAAAAAUUGAAACUCCCAUGCGGCAGCCGACAGUGGUCCCUCAUUCUCCUGAGCCCAGUUCCAUCAAGAAGACAGAUGUGAUUGAUCUGACUCUAGAAAGCUCCUCGUCUUCUGAUGAAGAGGAUACAGACCCUCCAUUGAAGAAACAUUGUGUUUACAUUUCCAAAAAUGAGGAGAUGCACGCAAAAGGAGUGUUGACCUACCAGCCCACUGUACGUGUGCCAAAUGUCCAGCCACUGGACCCUUCAUACCUCACCUCUACACUUGCUGACUAUGCAGUCCCUUUCCACCCUUCCACUCUGGCCACCAUCCCCACAGACAUGCAGAGUCUGGAUUUGUUUUCCCUAAUUCAAGCAGAUACUCAGCAUUACCGGCCGUUCCUGGAUAACCUGACGAGCAGCAUGCAGAGCGCCGCUGCAGCCAGCACCAGCUCAGCCCUGGUCUCGUCCACCAGCCACUAUGACACCAGCGCUCACACUGCCAGCUCCAUCCAUGAGACGCGAGUGAUCACGGGAGGCGGCGGCGGCGCCGGAGGCCCUGACGGCAGCAUAUCGGACAUCAUUUCACUAGACUGAGGCCAGCUGCAGGGGCCUUUGUAGUCCAGGUUUUAUUAGAAAGAGACGCACUCAAAUUGGUAUACAUGAGCACUUUAAUGGUCUGAGGAUUUUCAGCUUGUUUCCUGUUGCAUAGCUUUUUUUACUACCAUUUUAAUUGUGUGAAAUUAGACUUUUUCUGAAUGUUUCCUGGUGAGUUGACACAUACUCAACAUACACUGUUCUUUUUUGCUGUCACAUCAUAUAUGUGACACAAUGAGAUGAUGCUUUUGUCCUUAGUCUCAUAUUCUAAUCCAGUUCCAGUUCGGUUCAACGGUUUUCUACUGAACAUUCUGUACUUUUACAUGGUGGUUUUAAUUGGUAUUUUCAGGUUUUCUGGUGGCCUAGACGCAAUGCACACAAAGAUGGAGGAACAGUCUUAUUAUUCUUCCAUUUUUGCUGUCAUAAUGAAAAAGACAUUUCCAGUGAUGAAAAUAUUUCAAACAUUGAUCUUUUCAUUUAUACCAAUUUGUUUGCUCGUCCGCUCAUGUCUAACUUGUGUGUUCUGGUUGACCUGGACGGCGUGCCUUGUUCGCAUAGAGUCCAGAUAAAUGGAAGAGGAGAUCUCCCUCCACCCGGCGACAUGUAGUGUUGCACUGCCACGUGUGGAAGCAGGACGUCCCAGUGAAGAAGGACUUGUGGACAGAAAAGCAGUGACCUUUGAGCCACGGGCCGGCGCUGUCGCUGUCUGUUAGACUGGGUUUGACCCUGUCAAAUGCUUUCAUUUAGCUUGUUUUUUCAGAGCGGCCCACGCUUUGGUGGGUUUCCUACAGGGCAGCUUUUACAUCGUACCAAUCCAAGAUGUUCCUUUGCCACUGUAAUUUAGUCAGAGCAAUAAUGAUUUCAUUGUUAGGCUGAAGACAUUUACAAAUGGAAUUCAGAAGCUCCUUCAGGCUUCUUUUUACCACCAGUCACCUAAACUCUCCCUUGUGCCAGUUUUUUGACUAUACAAACUGUAAAAAUGGGUAAUUUUUGUUGUAUAAGUAAAUCUAAAGGAAUAAUUUACAGUUUAAACCAUGACCUGAGUUUUAUGUGCUUAGCCUAGCUUAGCAUAGGACAGGAAGAAGGAUGAAACCACUAGCCCAGCUGCCACUGUUCCUGUUUGUAGUUCAGUUCAGUUCCCUUUUCCCACUGCUCCCUGUCUUCCAGUCCACGCUGCGUCAAGCUCGGUGCAUCUCAUCUCUUUUUAUCCACUCAGACAUGAGAGUUCUCCACCUGAAUGUUUUAAUCUGGAGUAAAGCCAAGACGUGUAUUUCAGAAAAGCUUGAGAUGUUUGCUAGAGAAUUCUCCAGACAUUCUCUGACAUUUAUGCCAUUGUUCAGUGGGUUUGACAUCAUGCAGGUCAGGUUUAUCUGUUAACAUUUUACCAAGUCUACUCUGUAGUUCUUAACAUUCUGACCUCCCUGCUGUCCUCCGUUUUUUGCUCAUUCAUUCUGAUUCUCUGUAUGCCAUGGAUGUACACAACAUCGAUGUUUGCUCAAUGUUUGCAGCUAAAGCCCAUUUCGUAGUCGGCAGCGAGCAGCAACAUCACAAAUGAUAAACCAGGCAGCUACUGUAUCAUAACCACAUCAUCUGGAUGACUUGCUGUGUAUGUGGACUCAGGGACCUACCAGCUUGUAGCUCAGCGUAUUUCUUUUAUUCAAACAUUAUGUUGACAUUUGCAUGUUUACAUAUUCUGGCUGUGAGAUGUGUCAAGACAAACCGCACACUUGGCUCCAGUGUUGUGUAGUCACGGUGAUGUUUUUUGACAAUCUAAAACUAAAAUGUUGUCACUGAAUUGUGGUGGAAGCAGAAAUGUGAGGCAUGUGUCAGGUAAAACUAUGAUGACAUAUCACCAGCGGUUGGUGCAAACAUGCUAAAUGACGUCCAGAUCCAGAACAGCAGCUUCACUCACAGGAAGUGAAGCGUCUGCAUCGAGUUGUUUGUCUUUGGGUCUGCAGGCGACGUUGGUGAUGUGGAUCCAUGUUGUUUACGUUUUGUAUUGACCACAUUUUGUAGACAUUAUUCACAUCACUCGCGUAGAUUCCAUAUUAACAUGUUUUUACGUUGCUUUUUAUUGACAUGGUUUAUAACAAAACUGUCCUUCCUGUAUCGGUGAACAUGCAGCAUUUUUGAAUUGUGGUACAACAUGUGGGUGUUUUUUUAUUAAUAAAUGUUUUCUGUUUUUAUUGAGUCGAAAA